GCGUCGUGGCGGAGCCGGUGGAGGCUGCAGGAGGCGGAGCAGUCGGAGCCGCUCCCUUGGGUCCAGCUGGUGCUGGAGUCGGACCCAUUAACCCUGCCUCGUUGCCUCUCACCGCCUCCCUCUCCGCCAUGCCGGCCGGCUUGCAGCCCACGUGGUCCGCCCGCUCCUCUCUGCGGCCCCUCGGCCUCCCCGCGCUCAGGGAGGCUUAAGCCAGCGGGGCACGACGGGAAGUUGGCGUGGAAGGCCCAGUUCAAGAUGCCAGCUGCUGCCCAGGGCUGGGGCGAGGAUGAGAAGGCGCUGCUGCUGACGACAGCGCUACGGGGCUCAGUGGACGGGCCCGGCCGCUUGGUGGGGAGCGCCGAGAGGACCUUGGGGCGGCCUGACAUGCCGGCCGCUACACGACUCCAGGACACUCCACAGAGGCUGUGUGGCGUCACGGGGCACUGCGUGCAGUCUGAGGGCCCAGUGGAGGCUCGUAUCGGCGUAGGCAGCGCUGUGGAGCGCCGGCCGAUGGACGUCGCCGAUCGAGACGAGCCGUGCGUGCUGGGCCUCGACUACCUGCCGCAGGGCGAGGCCUGUGCCGACCUUGGACGGGAGCUGGAGAGGCUGCGCGGACAGGCGCCUUUGCUCCCGAAGGUCGGCUGUGCAGAGGUAGUCGCGGCGGAGCGACUGCACCUUGCCCCGGGGACGGAGGCCAGGGUCCUGUGUUGCCGGUCGGACGCGAUGCCAGCGGAAGGCACGGUGGAGUCCACGGAGGGCCUGCAGCUGCCUGGUGGUGUGGCAGCCGGAGGGAGUCUCGAAGGAGCGGGGGAGGAGUCAGUCACGGUGCUGGUGGCUAACUCCUCCGACGAGGCUCGGAAAGUACCCGCUGGUGCCAAGCUGGGCACCUGUGUAGAGGUGGAGCAACAAGAGGAGGCGUCGGGGAGUGCGGAGUCGGCCGCUGUGAGGCCGCUGCCCGACUUCCUGGAGGAUUCGGCGCACCGGAGCGCCGCUCACCUGACGGAGGCGCAGACGAAGGUGCGCCACACCCUGGCUCGGUGCGCGGACGUGUUCAGCGGGGGUGGAUUGGACCUGCUGGGCUGCACGGGGUUGGUGAAGCACAACAUCAGCACGGGAAAUGGUGCGCCCACCAGGAGCCCGCCCCGACGUGUCGUGCCGGCCAGGCGGGAGGAACUGCAGCGCGCCGUCAACGAGCUGGCGGCGCAGGGGGUGAUGGAGCGGACAGACAGUCCGUGGCCCUCAGCAGUCGUUCUGGAUAUGAAGAAGAACGGCACGCAGCACUUCUGUGCGGACUGUCGGGCGCUGAGGGACGAGACUGGCGAGGACUCUCACCCCCUGCCGUGGACCGACGACGCGCUGACGAGGGCCUUGGAGUUCGGGGCAUUGACGACGAUCAGCGGCCUAGCGGCGGCCGCCCCGCCCUGCCAUGACUUCCGGGGCCGGAUGGCGAAGGUGAAGAUGAAAGCAGCGUCGAUGAAGGCGAGCCCGGAGGGUCUCCGUGGCUCUUGCGGGGGCUGUGGCAAGAGGGGGCAUAGGUGCAGACGGUGCCUGGGGGAGCGAAGGACGCGUUCCCUCGACCGGCUGAGCCCCGUAGCUCUCCAGCCGCGCUGUAAGGACUGUGGCCAGUCAGGCCACCGCUUGAGCACCUGUCCCAGGUCCAGGGACGCGGCACGGGCGGGAAGCGCGGACGGGCUGGAGAAGGGAGUCGACUUCCAGCCGUCUCCCGCCCUCGGGCCCCGCCUUGAGUAAGCUGUCGCCGCCCGACCAGCGUGUUGCCAGUGGGAGGCUUAGCGGUUGUAGCCACGACGCGUGACAGUGGACACCGGGGGCUGAGGAGUGCUCGGCGCGGCCUGACCCGGGGUAGUGUGUGCUGCUGGAGGGGCCAGUGGAGGCUCGUAUCGGUGUAGGCAGCGCUGUGGAGCGCCGGCCGAUGGACGUCGCCGAUCGAGACGAGCCGUGCUUGCUGGGCCUCGACUACCUGACGUAGGCCAGUAAGACUCGUGGUGGCCUCGGACGGGAGCUGGAGAGGGUGACCGGAGUGGUGCCCUUUGCUUCCAGGAGGUUUUCGAGCAUGGCUGCGUGGGGAGGUAGUCACAGCUGAGCGAGGGCACCUUGCCCCGAGGGUGGAGGCUAGGAGCCGGUGUCGACUGUCCCGAGCGUCACGUGGAUGGCGUGGAAGAGCCCACUGAGGACUGGCGGCUGGUCGACGGCGUGGCUGACAGGCGGAGCCCCUUGGGGGCGCGAGAAGAGACUGUGGAGGACAGACUGAUUUAUGUAUACUGCAUGUAUUUUUCUGUGUUCAAUGUUCGGCCGGGAGCUCAGGCUACCGGUGGUUUUGGCCACGGGGCGGCCUCCCGACGUGAGCUUGCCCACCGUCACCUCUGGCUUCGCAGCGGCACUGCAGGAAAGCCUGGCUGAGGUGCACCGACGCGUACGGGGCAAGCUCAAGGUGGCAGGCCAGGCCAUGAAAUGAAGGAGACAUACGACCGGCGUAAGAGGGACGUGAGCCCCAGCAGCAGCGAAGGGGACGUGUCAGAGGUCGACCACGGGGCGAACGAGAACAGGGGCGGUGCGGGCGAAGCGGCAGAUGUCAGUGACGACCCUGAGCAAGUACUUGGGGCCGACGACGCGGCUCUGGGUGCCACCGCCCGCAUCCCAGCGGCGCCCUCGGCGAGAGAGGCGUCGGCCGGGAUGGUUAAGAGACUUUAGUGAUGUCCCAGGGGACUGAUUAGUUUGAUUUAUUUCAUGUGUUUUGUUUGUUGAAUGUUGGGGCAGCCGGGUCGACUGCCUUUUAAAGGAGGAGAUAGUGUUACGAAUGUGCUGUAUGUGAAUGAUUGUAUGUGUAAUGUGAUGAAAUUGUAGCAUGAUGCAAUGUUAGCUCAGCAUGGCGCAACUCUACUUGUUGGGACCACAGAUAUAUAUUAGCUUCGCUAGAUUGGACAUCACGUGACCGCGGGCGAGAUUCACAGGCGCCAUUUUGAAAGGUUGCGCCAGUCAUCAGCUGUAUGGGGAAAACGCGGAAAGAAGAAACAAAAGGCACCCAGUGCUUUGUAAUUAACUGCAAGAACUACAAAAAUAAAGUUACGAAGAGUAGAGGAAUCUCAUUUCAUAAGUAAGUCAAUUUUGGUCACAGUUUUAUAUGAUAAUACCCGAAAAUCGAGUGUAAAACAGAGAACACUCCCACUCCCAGCCCUUUGUUCAGAGAGUUUGUGGAAUGUUGAUCUCUCUGAUAGGGUGAAAUAGGUGGAUAAUAAGAUUUGCUGUUAUAUUCUUUCUGCUGUGAGUACUUAAUAACCACUCUGGAGUGCAUAUAAUGGUCUUGUAGGACCAAUGUAAUACUAAAAAUCGAUACGGAAAUGUGUUUGGAUACGAUAGGUUAAGACAGGUUAGACUAGGUUAGAUCAGGUUAGGUUAGGAUUGGUUAGUUUAGGUUAGGAUAGACUGGUUUAGGUAAGAAUUGGAUAGUUUAGGAUAUAUUAGGAUUGGUUAUGUUAGGGUAGAUUUGGUUAGAUUGGUAGACCUAAUGGUCAGCCACUGGAGGAGGUACUAUCAUGUGGCUAGGCUACACACACAAAAGUUCCAGGCCAGGAGUGUGCGACAGAAACUAAACAAGUUGGUGUUGUUUAAGGGACAGUAAAAUGUGUGAGGGCAAGUCAAGCAAUGGGAAUGAAUAUUAUAUUAUUUUAUACCUGCCUAAAUUUUUGGUGACCACCUCUUUUUUAUGUAGCCUAAAAUAUGUAAAAUAAAGUAUACAAUUACAAAACAGUCGUUGUCUUUGAAAGCCUACACAUACAGUAGGCCUACAGUCUAUCCUCAUAAUAUAAUUUAAAAAAAUCAAAUUGAGCAAAAUAGAAAAAAUGAGCCAUUCACAAGAGUUUCUUUGGAACUCCUUGCCCUGGCCUUCAUAUUCACACCCUGCAUAUGUGCAUAUGUCCAAAUGAUAGUUGCCAUUUGUUAGAUAUCCAGAUAGAACUCUUUCCUGAUUGUGUCGGUUUUUACAUUUUUGAAAUCGGACCAGAAUUAAGGUUUUGGGAGCUGUUUUUAGUGCGCUCCUUACCAUGUUUGCAUGUUAAUAUUCUGGUGGUGCAAUCUUUCAAAAUGGCGCCAAGCCCGCUCGCGGCGCGCAAUGUAAACAAAAUAGGCGUAUCCAAUCUAGGUUAUACAGAUCUGUGGUUGGGACAAGAGAGACAGAGGGGAGCCCGGGGCCACCGGCCGCCGGGCAGGAAGUGCUGAGUCGGCGGUUGCGAGCAAGGGUGGCUGAGGGGCAGUUGAGUGUGACGCGUGUCUGGGCUGAGUGAGGGUUGAGCUGCCCCGCUCGCGAGCUGUGUGCAUCCGGUGUGCGUGUCUGCCGUGCCCCUGUACUGUGCCUGAUUAACUGUUCUGUGCCCUUGAAAGUUGCUGUACUGUGUGAGGAACCUGUCAUUAAACUAGAACUUAGUGUUGAACGUGUAUCCUUUGUGCCCUGCUUCGUUCCCUCCUCCCCUCGGUGUUCUGUGUGGGCCGCUGUGAGUGACUGGUGCCCGUGUGGCUGUUCUGGUGGGGAUCACGCCACCUGCCUGCCCGUGGAUGGUGUGUGGUAGGGGGUGGCGUA